AUGUUAGGUGCUGGACCUCCCUCUUUGGUCAUCUGCAAACUUGACAAUGGUGUUGUAGAGCCAUGUAGAGGGAAUCCUCUAUACCUGUAUGUUGGCAUCAUUGCUGCUCUAGUUUUCAUUGGUCUGCUGAUAAUGACCUUCAUUCUACUGAAGAGCCGAACUAACAGGAAUAGAGUGAGAGGACAUGAGGGAGGAAAUGCUGUCAUCAACUGUCCAUAUCAGCAGGGAUAUGAGCCCUACCCAAAGUACCUACUGAAAGGAGCAAAAUAUGGUGUUGAUGUCAUCUGGUCUGAUGGCCAGGCAGAAUGGACCCACAGAGGGAGAGUAUCUCUGCAGAACAAGAAGGACACACACAUCUUCACUGUGACCAUCCAUGACCUGACCCUAGAGGAUGCUGGGACAUAUGGGUGUGGAGUUGACACAGGGGAAAUAUAUAAUAAAACCCUAGUGAAGCUCACAGUUGUGUCCACCAUUAACACAACAACCAGAACGCUGUCCAACACUACAGAGUCUGAGAGGACCACACACUUGCAUGAUCAAAAAUCACCUACAUCAGACGGUCAUCCUCUACACCUGAUUGUUGGUAUCAUGGCUGCUCUGGUUUUAUUUGGUCUGCUGGUAAUGACCUUCAGACUGAUCAUGAGAAGAGCCAGGAAUAGAGCUCACAGACCAAAUAGGCCUCUGUCCUCAGCAAGAAAACCAAGAGCGGAAACUGCUGACUAUGAAAAUUAUCCACAAGACUCCAACGCCAUCCAAAGCCUGAACCCCAACACCACCCAAUCUGAUGCAGUUUACCAAAGCAUGAAACCCAACACCACCCAAUCUGAUGCAGUUUACCAAAGCAUGAAACCCAACACCACCCAACCUGAUGCAGUUUACCAGAGGAUGAACCCCAACACCACCCAAUCUGAUGCAGUUUACCAGAGGAUGAACCCCAACACCACCCAACCUGAUGCAGUUUACCAGAGGAUGAACCCCAACAUCACCCAACCUGAUGCAGUCUACCAAAGCAUGAAACCCAACACCACCCAACUUGAUGCAGUUUACCAGAGCAUGAAACCCAACACCACCCAACCUGAUGCAGUCUACCAGAGGAUGAACCCCAACACCACCCAACCUGAUGCAGUUUACCAGAGCAUGAAACCCAACACCACCCAACCUGAUGCAGUUUACCAGAGGAUGAACCCCAACAUCACCCAACCUGAUGCAGUCUACCAAAGCAUGAAACCCAACACCACCCAACCUGAUGCAGCGUCACGUUUCAUCAAGAAGGACACUCCUCAGCUCAGACAGGACUGGGGGACACAGAUGACAUCAUCACCAGGCGAUCUGGACAUCGAGCUGAUAGGACGAUAA